CUGAUCUUUCGGACCGUGUCUCGAUAGGCUUCAAUUCCCGGAUCCAAAUCGAACCAAAGGAAUAAGUCUUCUCAAGGAGAUAGAAGCAUAGCUCUGUUCAUCAAUUUACGGGAAGACCUUCUAUUCUGCCAGUUGCACGCAAUCGCCCUUCGCAUAAAGUGCUCUUAAAAUCUCAACGGAAGGACAUGGUUCUCUAGUUCUCCCAUGUCAGCCUCUCUCAGAAAGCUCCUGCAUCGUAGGUGCCUUCAAGUUCCCGGAUCUUCAGUACACAGAUGGUUCUCUGUUUCUUCACUGGCACGCAAUCCGAAUCUCCGUUCGACUUCUCCUCAUGGUCCGAUUGGCGUUGAAGCAGCGCUUCGUGCGGCCUCAGACCCAUCAUUCAAACCUGUACCUACGUUAUUGCAGAAAGAGUUUUCGCUUGCAGGCCGAGUAGCAGUCGUAACUGGCGGACAGCGUGGCAUCGGCUUAGAGACAGCUGAAGCGUUAGCGGAGGCGGGAGCCACGGUGUAUUGUCUCGACCUGCCCUUGGAGCCAGAUAAGUCUUUCAGUGCCACGCAAGAGUACGUUGCGAGACUUGGUUUAGGGGAUGGUGCACGUCUUGAAUACGCGACUGUGGACGUGACAAAUCAGAAGGCGAUCUGGGAUGUCGUUGAGAAGAUUGCUGAGAAGGAGGGUCGCUUGGACGCAUGUAUUGCCGCUGCGGGCAUAUCGGCUGGCGAAGAGUGCCUUGAUCACUCCGCGGAAGGUUUCUCGAAGCAGAUAAACGUAAAUGUGAACGGUGUCUUUUACACGGCCCAGGCUGUCGGCCGUCAGAUGGUCAGAUUCGGUACUCCUGGCAGUAUCAUUUUGAUUGCCUCAAUGAGUGGAAGUCUCAUGAAUAGGGAUCAAAGUAUUAUCGCCUAUAAUACAAGCAAGGGUGCUGUGUUACAGAUGGGCCGAAGCCUAGCCUGUGAGCUUGGUCCGAAGAACAUUCGGGUGAACACGAUUUCGCCAGGCUACAUUUACACCUAUCUUACAGCUACAGUCAUCAAUCAACAACCACAUCUCAUGCAGAAAUGGGGAUCCGAGAACCCACUUAAUCGAAUGGGAAGGACGCACGAGCUCCGUGGAGUAGCUGUUUGGUUGGCGUCAGAUGCGUCGAGCUUUUGUACAGGAAGCGACAUAUUGGUUACUGGUGGUCAUCAUGCAUGGUAGACAAAGAUGUAAAAGUCGUGACUUCCUUCGCUAGUAUUUUCCAGAGUCUCUAUUUAUGAAGUGGCGUGGAGGAGCCUCUCGUAUUUCAUUUGCACGGUGUAUCGGUGUUGAUAUGUAUAGAGACAAACCUCAAGAAGUGCAUAACCCCCGUUCCUGGCACCCAUUAGUUGUAUGAGCUCUGUUAUCUCCUUUCCCUUCAUCGAACC